UCCUAAUUGUUAACGAAUUUGGGUAUACGACAUGCAUGUCUAUAAAUUCCGGGGCUAAAUUUAUAAACCACGAAAACAUGAGGGCCGCAAAUAGUUUUGUUAUUUGUUUUAAAUUUUUUAAUUUAGAUUUUUACAUAAUCAAUUCCAAAAACAAAUCCUUCAAAAUCAAAAUUCGAAUAUUCCUUUAUAUAUUUAUUUUCUUCUUUCCUCUUCGUCUCCUUCUUCAAAUUCAAUCUUUCUCCGUCAUUCAGAUUUCGAGGAGACAGAGACAGAGAAAAGGAUUCGUGUAAGCAAAAGCUUUUAACUUUUCUUUCUAUUUAUCCUCCUUUCUUCUAUCUCUCUCUCUCGAUCGAUACAAGAGAGAUGGAGAGAGAAGAAGGAGAAACAACAAUGAUCGGCGUUGUUCCGGCGAAAUCAGCGACUCCGAUAUAUUCUCUGAGCUUUUGGGAGGUCACGGCAGCUUCCGGCGUCGUUUUAGGGUUUCUUUUGGGACUUGUUUGCGUUUAUCUCACAAUGCCUCAAUCUGAUUACAGUUUCCUCAAGUUACCUCGUAAUCUCGAAGAUCUUCAGAUUCUUAGAGAUAAUCUUGAGAUAUACACAAGUGAUUACACAGUUCAAGUUCUUGUUGGAUAUUGUCUGGUCUACGUUUUUAUGCAGACGUUCAUGAUCCCUGGAACUGUGUUCAUGUCUUUGCUUGCUGGUGCUCUCUUUGGAGUUGUCAAAGGAAUGGCUCUUGUUGUAUCCACUGCAACAGCUGGUGCUUCCUCUUGCUAUUUUCUCUCGAAGCUCAUCGGUAGACCUUUACUCUUCUCGCUUUGGCCCGACAAGCUUGUAUUCUUCCAAGAUCAGGUUGCGAGAAGAAAAGAUCGGUUGCUGAAUUAUAUGUUGUUCUUGAGACUAACACCAACAUUGCCUAACACUUUCAUUAAUUUUGCUUCUCCAAUUGUUGAUGUUCCUUACCAUAUCUUCUUCCUUGCUACAUUCAUUGGUCUGAUUCCUGCUGCAUUUGUCACUGUCCGGGCUGGGCUUGCUCUUGGAGAGCUAAAAUCAUUGGGAGAUCUCUAUGACUUCAGCUCCAUGGCGACUCUGUGUCUCAUCGGUGUGCUCUCUGUGACUCCAACACUAAUUAGCAAGAAAAAAGCCUAGAAGAAGAAGAAGGUCAAUGGAGACAUAAGACAAAGCCUUCUCUGCAUACGAUGAUGAUGAAAAUUAGAGCAUUUCAUAAGCCUCUUUGUGUACAUAUCAUUUAGAAUGUUAAGAACUUAAGACCAAUCAUAAAACCCUGUUCUCUACAUGUUUUUUACUCGAACGGGUUUAAUGGGCCUUGGGAUUAAGUA